GCCGUUUCCAACUCCUGUUUAGGGAGGUUGAAAGAAAGAUGGGAGAUGGGAGGGGGAGGCCAGCAAGCAAGCCAAGCUGAAGGCUUUGCUCGUCCUUAGAUGGGGGAGAGCUGGGUGCCUUGCGCUCCUCAAUGGAGGCAAAGUUGGGGGCUUCCUAGCAGCCCCUGGGAGGGAGGCAGCCCAGAGCAAAGUUUAUUGGAGGAAGCAGCUGGCGCUGGACCUUCUGCCGACCCUGGAUGGAAGAGCCCUUAGCAGAGCAGACGCAUCCUGCCUUUCCCUGAGACGCUUUGCCUUCCAGCUCUUCUUCCAGAUGGCAGAGAGUUUUGGGGCCUCUGCGAUCUGGCAGCGUUCUGCCCGCAGGACUACAGAAAGAUACGCCUUUCUCUAGAUGGCUGGGAAGCCCCCCCCCCAAAAAAACUUUUCCUGGAUCACAUUUGAACUCUGGGAUUGGCCACCUCUCCGCCAGACAAGAGGGGCGCCCUCUGCUCCAGCAGGACCACCACCUCGAAGACCCCCGCCUUCCCUCUCGGCUUGGUUACUGCGGAGUCAGGUCAGUUUGCCAGCAGUUCAGUGAGAAACCUCUGGGGGAUUGGAGCUGAGUCUGGGCAUCUUCCUUCCCCCCCUUCCCUCUUUCCCUAUCCAUCUGCCAAUGCCGGAGAAGGGUACAGGAGGCAAAGGCGCUGCGGUUGACUGAGACUCCAUCACUCGUCCGGGAAUCGCCUCGUCUUUUUCAUCCACUGGACGGAGCUUCGGCUGUUCGAUUUGCUUGCAUCACAGCUUCUGCGAGAGGCAACUUGCGCCAAGCCCACUGCCUGUGAUCCCUGAUCCUGGGAGGAUGGUGCCGCUCAGCCCAGCUGUGGAAAAGGAUGGAGAACUGCUUUCCUGCUUCACAGCCCUGCAUCCCUUCCUUUUUGCUGUCUCUCGGGGCCCUAGCUCCCAGCGCAUGGCACGGAGGCACCUGGGUUCCAAACUUGUAGACAGCGCUCUUUAAUCACCUGGGGUUGUGCUCUGACAGCCGACGAGGACAUUGCUGCUCGUUUCUCAGGUGUGCCGUGGUGCACAUGUGGACCCCGGAGGGUCCACGUCCUGCUGGUCUGAUUGUGGAGGACAAGGCGGCAAUUCGGUGUUUGGAUCGGUCGUGGCGGUGUCUGUACAGUGCACUCCUUGUUUGCCAAGGUUGAGGCAUUUCGAGGACAUAUUUCAUGGCUUUCUCCGCUUCUGGAUUUUGUGGUUGGGUCGAUCUCUAUCCUGAAAGGAAGCAUUGAUGCCCCUUAUCUCGGACGCUAGCCCAGAAGGUGGCCCGUUCCUCCCGGAGGCAUACACUGACCACUGACUUCUAAAAGUGAAAGGGUACUAGGGCUGACGUCUCCCCUCUUCACUCCUGGAAUCCCUUCUUUCUCAUAUUGGAUGUAUUUAUGUGGUUGUGGGGUUGCUGCGUUUGCUUGGGGAAGAGCCACUCCACACAUGCUCAGAGGCACCCUUUUCUUGGCGAGGCAUCUUCCGGGGCGGCGCCCUGGUGAAGCGGUGUGGUUGCCUCAGCUUGAAACGCCAGCUCCUCCUCCUCCCCUCAGCAUCCAGAUGAAGUGCUCGGAUCAUCCUGGAGCGUCAAGUGGAUUUGGGUUUUUAAAAAGAACAAGCCAACAAGAAACCGUUUUGCUGAUUUGCUGUUUUUUUCUUUUUCUUUUGGAAGGGUGAAGGUCAGCCGGAGGUGGUCUCUUCUUAAAAGCCAGGCCUGCAUAAUGGAGUAGGGUUGGAUUCGGAUCCUUACGGAGCAGAAACCGGUUCUGUCCGCAGCUGCUUCUGGGGUUGCUCCAGAAGUCUCCCUCCCCUGGGGCAGCGUCAUGCCCUCUCGAAGUGACUCCAGCUACUCGCUGACGGCUCGCACCACCUCCCGCAGCUUCACUCACCUGCGCGUCCGCCGGGCCUGGCUUCAGAUCAUCCUCCUCCUUGGCUUCAUCCAGAUGAUCCUGGGGGUGCUGAUUGUGACUCUGAGCCUGCUAGUGACCACCACCAUGCCCUCUCAAAACCCCGUCCGGAACCCUUGUCCCAUCUGGGCCGGUUUUCCGCUGGCGUUCUCUGGCGUGGUUGGCAUUGUGUCCUGGAGACGCCCGUUCACUCCUGUGAUUACAUUUUUCACGCUUCUCUCAGUGCUUGGAGUCAUGCUUAGCCUGGCUGGCUCCAUCCUCUCCUGCCAACACGCCCAGCAGCAGGUGAAGUCCCCGGACGCUUGCGAGUCGAGCGGGUCUCCUUCUCCGCUGUGCUCUUGCUGCCAGCCUGGAAGUCGUGGCUGCCGAAGUGAUGCCGAACCAAGUCCCAAUUGUCCUAAAGACCACCUGGUCCUCAAGGACCUCCUCUUCAGUGUUUGUGGUCUGACUGUUUUUGCCAUUGUGGUGUGCACCCUGUCUGCCAUUAUGUGUUGCAUCCAGAUCUUCUCUUUGGACAUCCUCUACGCGCUCUCUCCUCCACGUUCCAGCUCCGUGACGUUGGACUGCACCUCUCCCCCAGACACCUUUCUGCAGCACAUGUUGGACCUGGAAGAGUUUGUGCCUCCAGUACCACCCCCACCGUAUUACCCGCCGGAGUAUACCUGCAGUUCAGAGACUGACGCCCAAAGCAUUACCUACAACGGCUCGAUGGACAGUCCUGUGCCGCUCUACCCUACUGAUUUUCCUCCCAGUUAUGAGGCCGUCAUGGGGCUUCAUGGGGACAGCCAGAUGACUCUGUUUGACUCGCAAUUUACGGACACCUCGCACGGCCCCUGUUCCUGCAACCGGGUCCCUUCGGUGGUGCUCAGUGGUGAAGCAGUUUCCAUGGACAGCGGCUCUCUGAUUAUGUCAGAAAUUGUGGACAUUCCUGGCGACAGCAGCCCCUCUGAGGACUCCUGCCUGCUGGAUGCCAGCGGGUCGGCCUGCUCGGUGGACUACGUCCUCUUCCGCUCCAUCCAGCGCAGCCGGGCUGACUACUGCCUCAGCGUAGACUGCGGGCAGUGCGGCCUGCAUCCUCAGAGCCCCACCCUGCAGGGCCCUUUUGAGGAGGUACCCCAGGCCCGCCUCCGCGGUGAGCGCUCUUACUCCUGCUCGACGCCUGGCACGGGAUAUGAGGGUUUGCUGGAGGCGGGUAGCGCCCGCACCCAUAGCUGUCACCGCCUGGAAGGCCUUGGUCGCAGCGUAGGCCCUUGCUUCCCGGAGGUGCGUGUCAAGGCCAAGACCUCGCUGCCAGGGGGACGCAAAGGCCCCGGGAGGCAGCGCCGGAGCAGCGAGGCGUCCUGCCGCCUGCCUUCAGUCCAGUGUCCUCUGCUGCGGUCUCACAGCGAUCCUGGGAUUGCCACAGCCAGCAACGAUGAAGGCGACUUCCAGGAGGUGUUCUGCACCAAAGCGUCGGAGGAGGAUGGGUCCAACUCCUUAGCAGAUGCAGGGCCAUGCUUGGAGGCUUGCCGUUUGCAUCCAUCACUUGGUGAGCUGCCUGCACGAGCUCACCUGGCAGGGAAGGCCAAGCUGGAGGUGCCGUGGAAAGUGCCACCAUCGCACCUCUCCAAGACUGCCACGCGCUCCCUGGGGGACCUGAAGGUGUGCCGUGGGACGCGGGGGCUCAUGGCCCGCUUCCUGCACAGAUCCAAGCGCAGCCUGGCUUUGGCAGGAGCGGAAGUGGCUGGGCGCAACAGCAGCAGCGGCAGCACCCAGGGCCGCAAGCAGGGGCCUCGGGGGUGCCCUACAGAGGGGAUCCACCUGCAGAGCUGCGGGGACCUCAGCUCCACCUCGUCCUUGUGCCGCCUCUUCUCAGGUUGCCGGCUGGAGCGAAGGCGCCCCCACAGCCUUAGUGGACUCAUCCGAGAGAGCAACCUGUAAGACUUCGGGGAGCACCUUUCUGCAGCCAACUGUUACAGCUUCUCUGCAGCUUUGACCUUUGAUCAGGAAACCCGGGGCUGGAUUCCUGGAAGAAUUGGAUUGGAGCUCCCACAGUAUCUACCCCCCUCUCAGCUGGGAAGACAGAGGGCAGGUGUGAGGUGUACGAGAGAUCCUCUCUGCCGAAAUCACCUGAUUGUUCAAUGCCUGUGUGCUGAUGGGUGUGCUCGAGAGAACAAUCAUUCUGGCUCUCUCUGGGUUAUUGCCUGAAUUGAGGGAUACGGACCUCUCUCCUGUGUCUCCUGAUGACUCGUGCCUUGGUGUGCACCAGUGAUUCUUGUUCACAAUAACGAUGGGUGUGCUUGACACCUGCGGGUUGACGAUAUACACGCACUAGGGAAGUGUACACGGCCGGCCGGCCAUCUCGUGGGGUGGUGAGGACGGCUUGCACAGGGGGACAAUCCCUGGCGAUUCGCGUAGUUGUGCAUGGGUGCUCCUACGCUGCAGCCGUGCCUUGCUCAGUGCUGUCUCCUCUGAAGACAGGCCUGUCCUGAAAACCUCCUUGACUGAGCAAGUGGUCCUUGAUGAUAACCUGGCACGAGAAGAGGUGUGUGUGGGGAGGUGAUCUGAGCUCCGGUAUGCUGCAUUUAAUUGACACCACAGGGGACAACCCUGUAUUCCUACCUACCUGGACUUCCUGCCUCCAGCUGUUGCUGCUUCCGCUCCCCACGACCCCUCCUGGUGUACACAUGCCAUGCCCAGGAGCUCAGUUGCCCUAGCAUAACUUUGAACUCGCUGCCUAUUACUGAUACCUCACUUUUAGCUGUGCCUUUGAUCAGUUGCUUCCUUUCUCUGGGGAGUUGCCGGGAAACUGGGACGGGCCCCCAGUAUGCAUUGGCUGGAAUCCCUUUGGAGAGAAAGGGCCCUUCCCAAUAGGGUUGCCCGAUCUCUUGAGGCCUGGGUCUGGAGGUGCGUAAAGAAUCCCCCUUGUUGGAUCAGACCAAAGCUGGCUGCUCUGAUCCAGCAUCCUCUUUCCAACGGUGGCCCUAAGCAGGGUGUGAGGGCCAGAGCCCUCCCUCUGCUGUUGCCCCUUCCCUAGCAACUGGUCCCCCAAGAUAGACUGCCUCUAAGCCUGGAGGUUGCAUCUAGCCAUCAUAGCUGACAGACAUCGAGAGAUCUCUCCUCCGCUUUCUCCAAGUAUUUGCCUUCUUCUUUUAAAACCAUCAAAGAGAAGCGAAUGGCGCAGAAGGAACGGAGCUCAAAAGGGAAAGCCCGGCAGAUCAGAGGGUGACACCUCACCUGGGAGCACCGCAUGGUGGGGGCAGAGCAGGUCCAGGUUCAACGACAGCCUUAGCAAGGCAGAGCCCCUGCCUGUAUUGGUGACCUUCCUCUACGAUCAUAAGUGCUCUGGAAUGCCCCAGGUGUUGCGGGGCAUUGUGGGCAAUUUUGAGAUAAUAGCCCCCAGGCCCAUCUCCCCCGCCACAGAGGACCCAGGGCUGCUGGCAACAGUCGUGGGCCCCAGCGGUGUGCUCAGGCCCCAGCAGCUGCCCAAGGAUGCCCGGUAUCAGCACCGGCUGAUGGAUGGUCUGUUGUAGCUCGGGAAGUCUAUCUGUGCCUGAAGACAAGGGAGGUGGAACAAACAGCCCAAACGUUUUCAAGUCAAGCAGCGACUUGACUCCCUUUCCCUCGAUCCUGGCCUCCCUCAACUUGUGUCCCUUCUUCCCUUGGAGACUCUGAGAUAGGAGGUUCAAACCCCUGGAAACUUCAGGCCAAAAUCCCAGAGACCCGGCAACCCAAUUUCCGAAAGAGGAAGUGUGCCCUUCUAAGCAUGCCCUUCCUGGAGUGGCAGCCAACUGGUUUGGGUUCCAUGCUCACCUCUCACCUUUGCUUGCAGCCUGUCGUAUGACCUCAGAGCCUGCUGUAUGACCUCAGAGCCUGCAUCCCGCACCAACUAGCUCUUUUGGAUCACAGGGUGCAUGUUGCAAAAUGGAUGAGGGCUACUUCUGUCUGUCUGUCUGUCUCUCUCUCUCUCUCUCUCUUUGUAGAUCUGGGGGAGUAUGAGGUGGGAGCCUCAAUGGGGAAAGAGGGUUGCAAGCUUUUCCCUCCCUUUGGCAGAGGGGCUCCUGUGCCUUUGAACAGCUGUGCUCAGCGAGCUGGAGAAAUAUAGCCGGCAAAAAGCAGCCAUGCAGGGAUGGGUGAGGCUUUGCCUGUCAAAUUCCUAGCGCGGCUCUUAAAGGCAGAGGAGCCCUGCAAAGGAGGAAAAGCUGGCAUCCUUACAGGUGGCACGCCAGAAGAGGCUCGCCAGGGACUGUUUGAGUUGCACAAAUACUUAUCUAAGAAAAAUCAACCAAACAAAUAAAGCCAUAUCUAUCUGCUCUGGGUUUUGCUUGAUGUGUGUAUUAAAAAACACCCCCACACUGCAAAUAGCUCCUCCAGAUGAGUUCAUUAUUCAGCAGACCC